AUGGCUGGUGGACCCAAGAAAUGUUGGCCUUUGAUUGGAUUCAGUCUUAUCUGUCUUAAAAUGGUUGCUUCAGCAAAAACAGCUCCUGAAAUACCCACUAUUGAUCAGGCCUAUUCAAAAAUCAGCAACAGUAUCACUGUGGAAUGGGCCACAGUGCCGGGGGCCACCAGUUACCUCCUCACAGCUGAAGAUGGAGACACUGUCAUUGAAACCAUGGUGGCCAAUUCCCCAGGCACUGUGACAGGCCUGAAGGCUGCGACCUUGUACCAAAUCACUGUCAGAUCCAUCAGUGCCACUGGGAGAAGCCAAGCAUCACCUCCGAAGCAGGCAAAGACAGUGUUGGCUGCACCAAUUCUAGAAGUAAGCUCUCCAAGUCCAGACUCUAUCCUUGUGCAGUGGGAAGCUGUAUAUAUGGCAAUUGGAUUCUCUGUGUCCAUCAUGCAAGCGAAUGGUUUGGGUAGAAUAUGGAAAGAGAAUACCACAAACACCUCCUUGACGUUCACCAGUUUAGAAGCUGGGACUCUCUACACCAUAAAGGCCUACGCAUGGAAUGCCAAUGGAACACCUGGGGAUGACUCUACCUGCAAUCAGAGAACAAGUCCUCCGGCUCCUGCCAACAUUCAAGUCUCUUUUGACAGUGGUGCUCUGAAGGCCUCUGUUUCAUGGGCCCCAAUGGAAGGAGCUUUCAACUAUACCGUGAUGGCUUUGAGCGAUUCUUCAGAGCUGAGCUGCCGUACAACUCUCAGCACCUGUACCAUCUCCUCACUCCAGUGUGGGACUGAGUACCUCAUUUCAGUUUUAGCAAGUAAUGAUGCUGGUUCUAGCAAAUCAACUUCCGCGGAGGCCCUGAAAACUGUUGCUUGUGCCCCUGGAAGAGUGACCAUCCGAGAAGAUCCUCCAGGCCACCUGUCUGUGGCUUGGUCCAAUGUAGAUCUGGGCGAUUACUACGUGGCCUUUGUGAAGAGUGAUGAUGGCUUGGAAGUCCACUGCAACACAUCCCUCACCCAGUGCAAUUUCUUAUCUGAAUGUGGCUUCACUUACUUUAUCAGUGUUUUUGCCUAUAACAAGGCAGGGCAGAGUCCUCUGGGCGAUGUGUUCAAUUACACCACAGCUCCCUGUUGUCCUACCGACAUCAACCCUGUGUUGGUGUCCAGUGACAGAGUAGAGAUCGUCUGGUCUCCUGUCCGUGGUGCCGAACUUUAUGAAACCAAGGCUGUAGAUGGGUUCACCGUGGUUGAGUGCAAUGACACUGCUCCUGCUUGCACCCUCUCAGCUCUAGAGUGCGACACCAAGUACAACAUCACCGUGUACUCCUUCAGCGAAGUCCGGGGCAGCAAUAUGUCCUGUACUUCCCAAUUUAUAACCACAGCUCCUUGCAGUCCUGAGAUAAAAAGCAUUUCGAAGGAUGUAUUCUCCACAAUUAACGUGCACUGGCGACCCACCAAUGAUGAUGCCACUUACACGGUGACAGCCCAGGGGGAGACAGGGCUGUUUCGGUGCAGCAGCAGGGGAGAGUCCUGCGCCAUGGCGGGCUUGCCCUGUGGCUCGGUGUUCUCCGUCACCGCGGUGGCCGAGACACAGGCCGGCCGGAGCCUGCCCAGCUACAGCGUGACCCUAGAAACAGUGCCGUGCUGUCCAGCUGGUCUGACAGUAACUCAGGUCACCCAGUCGGUAAUCAAUGUGAGCUGGACUGUUGGGACCGGGGCCCAAACCUAUGUGACAGUUCUGGAGUCACACACCGGACAGUCGAAGUGUCUCACCCAUCAAAACCAGUGCCUCCUGGGAUGCAUCUCUUGUGGCGUCAAUUACACGGUGGUAUUAAAAGCGAUUAGUGCCACUGGGUUGACUGCAGACUGCACCUACCAAAGUUACUCCUCCAGUGCCUGCUGCCCUUUGGGAGUGAAAUUAUACAGGCUGGGCCCUAAUGGCAUUCGCAUCUACUGGCAAGCCUCCAGGGGCUCUGCCAAUUACAGCACUGACCUCUAUGGUUCCAAAGGCAUUUUCACAUGUGCCCCAAGCGCUGGCCUCAGUUUUUGUGAUGUCACCGAGAUACCCUGUGGGGAUGUAUAUACCGUGAUGGUCUCACCAGUUGCUGAGACAGGACUGAAGCUUACUUUCUGCCCCCAAAAAAUAUAUUCAGUAACCUGCUCUGGAAGUACACUUGGAAUGGUGAUUUACAGAGGGAAAAGAAAUGCAGAAUGACACAGAGAGCCACGGAUAAAAACAGAGGCUUAACCUA